AUGGCAGGAGAACAGAAACCGUCCUGUAAUCUUCUAGAGCAGUUUAUUUUACUAGCCAAAGGUACAAGUGGCUCAGCUCUGACUGCUCUUAUAAAUCAAGUGCUGGAGGCUCCUGGGGUUUAUGUCUUCGGAGAGCUAUUGGAGUUAACAAAUGUGCAAGAGCUUGCUGAAGGGUCUAAUGCUGCUUAUUUCCAGUUGCUGAACCUGUUUGCAUAUGGAACAUACCCAGACUAUGUAGCAAACAAAGAUAACCUGCCUGAUUUAACAGCAACUCAGAAAAACAAGCUGAAACACUUGACGAUUGUAAGCCUGGCUUCCAGAAUGAAGUGCAUUCCCUAUUCUGUGUUGCUGAAGGACCUGGAUAUGAGGAAUCUGAGAGAGCUGGAAGAUCUCAUUAUUGAAGCAGUUUAUACAGAUAUUAUCCAGGGGAAGCUGGAUCAACGAAACCAGGUGCUAGAGGUGGACUUUUGUAUCGGCAGAGACAUUCAGAAGAAGGACAUCAGUAACAUUGUCAAAACACUCCAGGAAUGGUGUGAUGGUUGUGAAGCGGUUCUUUUAGGAAUUGAGCAGCAAGUACUUAGAGCCAACCAAUACAAAGAAAACCAUCACCGAACUCAACAGCAGGUCGAGAUGGAGGUCACAAACAUAAAGAAAACAUUAAAAGCUACAGCCUCGUCGUCGGCACAGGAGAUGGAACAGCAGCUGGUAGAGCGAGAGUGCCCUCCACACACAGAACAAAGGCAGCCCACAAAGAAGAUGUCCAAAGUCAAAGGGCUGGUCUCCAGCCGUCACUAGAACAUACCAUCUAAAUGUCAUUCGGCUAGGAAUGACAACAGGAGGCGCAAAAAAGGGCCUGCAUCUCCUUUUUCAGUGGGUUCUGGGCCAGUCCCUUCCAGGCUGGCAGAUAAAAACCAUGUUUGAAUACAGCUCCCAGUUGGCAGCACCUGGCUCAGUUACACUGUGCAGCCCCUAUUAAUUUCCAGGGUGUUCCUCUUCUGGCCCUUUAAAGAGGGA